CUGUCCCGGCUGAGCCAGUCGAGUCCGACUCCUGCCUGGGCGGCUGCAGCCUCUGAAACCCAGGCCCUCGCGGCGCACGCCGGCAGGAUGUCUCAGUGGUACGAGCUCCAGCAGCUGGACUCCAAAUUCCUGGAGCAGGUCCACCAGCUUUACGAUGACAGUUUCCCCAUGGAAAUCCGACAGUACCUGGCCCAGUGGCUAGAAAAGCAGGACUGGGAGCAUGCGGCCACAGACGUGUCCUUCGCCACCAUCCGCUUCCACGACCUCCUGUCACAGCUGGACGAUCAGUACAGUCGCUUUUCUUUGGAGAAUAACUUUCUGUUGCAGCACAACAUAAGGAAAAGCAAGCGCAACCUUCAGGAUAGUUUCCAAGAAGACCCAGUACAGAUGUCUAUGAUCAUCUUUAACUGCCUGAAGGAGGAACGGAAGAUUUUAGAAAACGCCAAGAGAUUCAAUCAGGCCCAGUCGGGGAGUAUUCAGAACACUGUGAUGUUAGACAAACAGAAAGAGCUUGACUGCAAAGUCAGAAACGUGAAGGACCAAGUCAUGAGCAUAGAGCAAGAGAUCAAAACCCUAGAAGAUUUACAAGAUGAAUAUGACUUUAAAUGCAAAACCUCACAGAACAGAGAACAUGAAGCCAAUGGUGUGGCAAAGAGUGACCAGAAACAAGAGCAGCUGUUGCUCCAUCAGAUGUAUUUGAUGCUCGACAGUAAGAGAAAGGAAAUAAUUCACAAAAUCAGAGAGCUGUUGAAUGCCACAGAGCUGACCCAGAACACCUUGAUCAACGACGAGCUGGUGGAGUGGAAGCGACGGCAGCAGAGCGCCUGCAUCGGGGGGCCGCCCAAUGCCUGCCUGGACCAGCUGCAGGGCUGGUUCACUGUCAUCGCGGAGAGUCUGCAGCAGGUGCGGCAGCAGCUCAAGAAGCUGGAGGAGCUGGAGCAGAAGUUCACCUACGAGCAGGACCCCAUCACCAAGAGCAAGCAGGGGCUGUGGGACCGCACCGUGGCCCUGUUCCAGCAGCUCAUCCAGAGCUCCUUUGUGGUGGAAAGACAGCCGUGCAUGCCCACGCAUCCACAGAGGCCUCUGGUCCUGAAGACCGGGGUACAGUUCACCGUAAAGCUGAGACUGUUGGUGAAGUUGCAAGAGCUGAAUUACAAUUUGAAAGUAAAAGUCUUGUUUGACAAGGACGUGAAUGAGAGAAAUACAGUAAAAGGGUUCCGGAAGUUCAACAUCCUGGGCACACACACCAAAGUCAUGAACAUGGAGGAGUCCACCAACGGCAGCCUGGCGGCCGAGUUCCGACACUUGCAACUGAAAGAACAGAAGAACGCUGGCAACAGAACCAACGAGGGUCCUCUCGUUGUUACUGAAGAGCUUCACUCUCUGAGCUUUGAAACCCAGCUGUGCCAGCCUGGCUUGGUCAUUGACCUCGAGACGACCUCGCUGCCUGUCGUGGUGAUCUCCAAUGUCAGCCAGCUCCCCAGCGGCUGGGCCUCCAUCCUGUGGUACAACAUGCUGGUGACGGAACCCAGGAACCUGUCCUUCUUCCUGAACCCGCCGUGCGCACGAUGGGCUCAGCUUUCGGAGGUGCUGAGUUGGCAGUUUUCAUCCGUCACCAAGAGGGGCCUCAACGGAGACCAGCUGACCAUGCUGGGAGAGAAACUCCUGGGUCCAAAUGCUGCCCAAGAUGGUCUCAUCCCCUGGACUAGAUUUUGUAAGGAAAAUAUUAAUGAUAAAAAUUUUUCCUUCUGGCUUUGGAUCGAAAGCAUCUUAGAACUCAUUAAGAAACACCUGCUGUCUCUCUGGAAUGAUGGGUGCAUCAUGGGCUUCAUCAGCAAGGAGCGGGAGCGGGCCCUGCUCAAGGACCAGCAGCCGGGCACCUUCCUGCUGCGCUUCAGCGAGAGCUCCCGCGAAGGCGCCAUCACCUUCACCUGGAUGGAGCGGUCCCAGAACGGGGGCGAACCUGAGUUCCACGCCGUUGAACCCUACACCAAGAAAGAGCUUUCUGCCGUUACUUUCCCCGACAUCAUCCGCAAUUACAAAGUCAUGGCUGCGGAGAACAUUCCAGAGAACCCCCUCAAGUAUCUCUACCCAAACGUUGACAAAGACCACGCGUUUGGAAAGUACUACUCCAGGCCGAAGGAGGCACCGGAGCCGAUGGAGCUUGACGGCCCCAAGGGAACUGGAUACAUCAAGACUGAGUUGAUUUCUGUGUCUGAAGUCCACCCUUCUAGACUUCAGACCACAGACCAACUGCUCCCCAUGUCUCCUGAGGAGUUUGACGAAGUGUCUAUGAUACUCCCUGUGGAAUUUGACAGCGUGAUGCAUGCGGUCUAGAGCAUGAAUUUUUCUCAUCUCCUCUGGCGACAUUUUUCCUUCCAAUGUGCGAUCUCCUCACGCUCCUCUGUCCCUUCACGUCCUGUAUUUCUAGGGAAAUGAAAGAAAAGACAAGAAAUCGCAACCUGUGGUUGCAAGUGAAUAUGACUCUAACCCAAAAGCAUGCUCUUCCUGAGACCGUCAUGUCGUCUGAUUGACGGUGACACCAAAAGACUCUCCACAGAGUGGAUUUGCAAAAACAUCCAGGGACCCCGAAACCUCACACCUUGAAUGAGAGUCCUUGGGGAAAGGUGAGAAGUUCAGCAGCAUCUGCAGAUGCUGUGCAGUCCGUGCCUGAGCGUUCCACUCGCCGGACAGAUACACGGUGAGGUAGGGAGCUUGAUGUAGGAAUGGCGCUUUCUUCUCUGGACGAUUGUAUGCGUUCUUUCUGCUUUAAGUAUGGGUAGAAGUUCUGCACUGUUUUAUCUGUGGAAUAGUUCCAAGCCAGUUACAUGGUAUAUUAACACCUUAUCAGAGGUACCAGUCUCCCAUCUGGGUAGGAGACAGUGAAAACUAAAGACACAUUCUGUCUUAAAGAAAAUUACCUUGUGUUAGUUCCGGCUCAUAUUCCUGGCUAACAGCAGUAGAAGGGAGUUCGUGCAUUUUCCACAUUCAUGAAUAGUGUGUUCUGCUUUACUGUGCCUAAUUAGCAACAUCUCCCUUGAGGAAGAUCUCCUUUCUGAACAACUGAAAUUAUUUACAGGUGUAGAUAAACCCAGACAUUUAAGUCAUGUUUCUUAAGUGGAUUAAUGUGUCUUUAUUGUUAUUAGCCGGUAAUCUCUUAGCCUCACAGUUUCGAAUGGAGUAGGGAAAGUAGUAACUGACGACUUGAAUCGCUAACCAGUGAUAAUGUAAGAAUCCAAGUAACCAAAACUCGUGUCCUAUGUACCUGCACUGAGAACUGCGUGUUCUUCCCUGAUGAGUGUGUUUUUCUGACAUUCUCACUUGCGGAUGGCUCCAUGAUCUGUCCUGCGCUGUUUCCACCCCUUGCUGACUGGGUAGUGGUUUGUGGAUUCUCCGUGUGCAGUUUUCCUUCCUUUCUUCCUCACCUCUGACACCCAGUGGUUCCAGGUUUUAUUGAGAGGGAUGUGCUGACAACUAAAAGCACACCUCAUGUCUCCAUCGUCACCCCCAUACCUGCAGUGUUGUACACGUGCUUCAUUUUUCUUGGAUGGAGAUAAAGUUUUCUUGAAAUUCGUUUUACAAGUGGAGCUCACGUAUACAUACUGCAUUAAACAUAAUCUGAGCACGGUCUGGUGCUGCACACACACCGACGCUGCCUCUGUUUUUACCUAAGGUAGCAUGAACCUGGCUGGGUUUCGGUUCACUUCGUAAAUGGAAAUAAGAAAUAAGAUGUCAUUUUAAGAAAUACUUUUUUAAUUGCUGGGAUUUAACCAUUUGCCAUAUUUUUGUUCUGUGAGUAUGUUAUUGGCAUGCUUUUAUUGCCAGAGACUUGGUUUACUUUUAAGAAGUAUUAAAAUUCUAAUGUUAGUCUCUCGUGA